AUGAACAAAGGAACAUCCCCAGACCAGUUCUUCCAAACUGAGCCAAGAGGGAAACGUGCUGCGAAAGCUGGUAACAAGAAUGGCAAUCCCAUCGUUCUCAAAUCAAAGCUGUUAGCUGCUAUAUCGGAUCCCACCGAUCCGUCCUCGGUUCUCAUUGCUGAGUCUGCCGGAUCAGUUCGUAGGGUAAAUGUUGAUACAGGAGAUACAAAGCAGGUAUUCCGAGGUCCAUCGGCACCAGUAACUUGUGUUGCUGUCGGUGGAUCUGGCAGCAAUACGCUCUUUGCCGGCUCUUGGGAUAAGAACGCCGUCGUGACCGCCAAGGUUGGAGGAAAGGACAUUUUAAUCAGCGGUGGUGCAGACAAGAAGAUUAUUGUAUGGGACCUCCAAACUGGAUCUCGACUCCAUGUGUUGCAGGACCAGGCUGUGUCAAUGAUGGCCAUUCAAGAUCUUGUCGUCGACCCAGUACAGUCGGGACCUGACGAAGUCAUACUUGUCAGUGCCAGUAGCGACCCUCACAUCCGUCGAUGGCGCAUUCGGCUUGAUAGCUUUGAACAGAUCAAGGAAGCCUCGCCGGAUGAACCUGGCGCGGUUCGUCACACGGUUUUAGAACAUGAUACUACGGUAUACAAAGUGGUAUUUGAUUCCGAAAGCGAAGAGGUUGACCUAUGGACAUCGAGCGGCGACGGCACAGCAAAAUGUCUAUCAAGGAUCAAGGGAUUUACAACUGAUGAUUCCUUCCGCCACGGUGACCACGUACGGGCCGUUGCUGUGACAGAUCAAUGGAUAAUCACCGCUGGAAGAGAUGAGGAUAUCAAAGUUUGGAAUCGUUCAUCCGGGAAACUAUACAGUAUACUCGAGGGUCACUACGACGAAGUUACUGACCUAGUUGUUCUCAAUGCAGGCAAGCGAAUUGUUUCGGUGUCUAUCGACGGUACGGUAAGGACAUGGUCACUUGGCCAGGCCGAGCUCGAUAAGAUUAAUAAGGAUAGAGAGGAUAAGGGGGUUAAGAAUGAAACUCCAGAAGAGCCCAAAAAGGGGGUUAUGACAGCAGAGGAAGAAGCUGAACUUCUUGAGUUGAUGGAAGACGACGAAUAA